AUGGCUUUGGCUUUUUGUUGCAGUCUGCAAUGAAUGCCAUGUGGUUGCAUAGACUCAGAUCAACGAGCAGCUUAUCUUGCUCGUUUUAGGUAUUUAUCAUGGGAAACCGGCUGGCGGCCUUCGUUAGCAAGCCCAUCAGGGAUUUUAAUAUCGAAAACCGCGUAGACAAGGUUAUCACCGUCGGAAAACCCAAGGCGGCGCCUCGCCAUCCGAGCGACGCCAAGCACGAACCGGAGACGGCGCUUACCGACGCGAGCAAGGUGCUAGAAAAACGGGAGGACCUUUUGGAGCGUUUGAAAAGCGUGAAGGUGGUCUCGUCAGAUCGGGACUCGCAGGUGCAACAAAGUGCGCCACCCGGGUCGGGUCGGCCACUGCCACAGAGCCGAGCAGUGCCGCAGCAGCACAAGUACGGCUUCUUCGAGCCGAGCGUGGUUCCACGGGGACGACUGACGCUGCGUCAGGCUACGCAGCUGCUGGCCGACGUGAAGAAUGACCCGGACACAUUCACUCCCGUGGCCUUGGCUGCGCAGUACAGCCUCGACGAAAAGGAUGUGCACAACGUGCUGCGCUACUUCAGUGUCUUCCGCAUGCACUCAGUGCAGCCUGCCAAGCUCGGCGACCUGACCGCCAUCGACACCAUGAAAGACGCGCUACUUCCGACUAAGCAAGACCCAGCGGACAGCAAGGAUGAGGAGAAGAUUGUGAAAGAAAGUGAACAGACAGUUGGUGCACAAGACAGUAGGACACCUGGCACUAAGAAGUGAUAGGUGGAGCUGAAACAGAAGUUGAAUGUAGGACAUGGUGAAUGUGUGUGCAUACGAAUGGUGUGGCAAGGGGAGGCG